AAUGAUAGAGCCCUAACAGUAAUGGAUGAGCUUCUCGAAGUACUUUCGCGUUUGGAAACAGAUAUAGACGUUGAGGAAACUUGUGGAACUAGUGGAGGAGAUGGUAUACAGGACGAUGAUGAAGCCAAUAGAGACAACGAAAAGGAUGAUGAAUUUGACGAAAGGAAUAACAAGGAAAUUCAAGACGUAUCUAUUAUACUUGAACAAGGUGUGGCCAAUGAUCAAAUACAUAUACCAGUACGUCCAUUAGAAGAGAUUAAUUUGCAUGAUCACGCAAUAAUGAAUGUUAGUGGUGUCAGUGAACAAAAUGAUAAUGCCAGAAAGAAACUGGAAUUUGCAGUCGAUGGGAUAAGCUUGGCAAGACCAAAUAACUCAAGACCCAAAGGAAGAACAAUAAAGGGGAGUGAAGAAAGGGUUAUUAAAUUGGGAGCUAAAGGUACAAAGAAAAUGACCAGGAAAUGUCAGAAGUGUGGAAUUGCUGAUGGUCACAAUAGUAGGACAUGUUUGUCAAUGGAGGAAAAUAGACAAAGGUUGGCAAGCCUUGCUGGACGUAAGAGAGGACGACCUCCAGGAUCUAGGAACAAGGGUGGCAGUAAAGCUCCUGAUUGGAAUGAGACAACAACAUCUAAAAAACACACAAAUGAGUUCGAUAGUAGUGAGUCAGACAGUGAUUAG